CGCGCUGCUCGCGAGGUUUGAUCCCGGCGCGAAGCGGAGAGAGCGAUCUCUUGGUUACUGUCAUUGUGCAGGUUGGCGGCGCGCGUGUUAGGAAUGCGCACGCGCCGUACGAGCAGGCGUGGGAGAAUUUGCCGCCUUACAAGAGAGGGGAGGAAAGAUGUCCUUGGCGCUAGUUCAAGGGGCAACGGGGCAGCCUGACGGCAGUGUUACAGGUAAUAGGCACAUGACUGAAGAUGCAAACAAAGAGAAAGGGCAUCUUAUAACAGCAGGAGGGGGAUGUGUUGAUCCCAAGGAGGAAGAUACAGAGACCAUCACAGAAAGUCUAGCGUGGUGCAAAGAGUCUGAAGCAACUGUAUCUUUCCUGGCUCCUCUAUGUCACAAAGCUGUUCCUGAAGGAUGGGAAAGGAUAAUAAAGCAAAGACAGUCUGGCAAAACAAAAGGAAGAUAUGACAUCUAUUUUGUCAGUCCCCAAGGAAUGAAGGUCAGAUCCAGACGUGCACUUUUGGAUUACUUUAAAAAGAACGGAGAGACUGUUCUUAAAUUAGAGGACUUUGAUUUUUCUGUCUCUGUUCGGGAGAGUAUCCAAUCAAGCACAAGGGCUCUGGGGUCAGAAGGACAAAACUGCAUCACUAGCAGCCAGACUCUAGAUCUUGGACCGCAGAGCAGUGAAGAAAAGCAAAAUAAGAUUUUGGAAUUUCAAGCCAGUGCUGGUGAGCCCGAUUUGCAGGAUGGGUCCACUGCAGAGGACCCCUCAAAGGAUUCAUGUUUCAAAGCCCAAGAGAGGAGUGCUGCUGAGAGGAAGACUCCGAUUAAGAAAGCUAAAUGCGGUUCAGAAAUGGGGAAUCUGGAUGAUGCCUAUAACACAAGACAGAGGAAACGACCCCCAAAAAGUCAAAGGGCAGAAACUGUUAAAAAUCCCAGAAGAAAAAAAGAUAUAUGCAUUUUUAAUAGUGUUCAUAAAGUGUGCCAGAGAGGCUCAAGAAAAAGAAAAACAUGCUUAAAGGACGAGCUGCUGGUUUCUGAACCAAAAGUGGAUUUGCACGUUGCACCGGUAGCCGCUGUCUUGGAACACAAGUCAAGCACAGACGUUUUAAAAUGUGAUGAGGAUUCCACCAGCGUAGUUUCUGUAGCAGUUGAUGAAAACUUUUCAGAAUUGGAAACCCAGAGAAACAGGGUGCCUUCAGGGAGCCAAGAGUUAAACAUUGCUUCCAAUAUGGAUGUUACUGACUCGCAGACCAGUGACGAGAGCCAUUUCACAUCAGUAAAAGAGAACCAUUUUCGAAGACCUCAAGUGGAGAGAAGGAAAACCAGCCCAUAUUUUUCUAGUAAAUUCAUUCAAGGAGCUCCAAGCCCACCUAGAAGGAAGGCCUUUCGGAAAUGGACUCCACCUCGUUCUCCUUUUAAUUUGGUCCAAGAAACACUCUUUCAUGAUCCAUGGAAACUUCUCAUUGGAACUAUAUUUCUGAAUAAGACCUCAGGUAAGAUGGCCAUCCCUGUGCUGUGGGAAUUUUUCAAGAAAUAUCCUUCACCUGAAAUAGCAAGAGCUGCAAACUGGAAGGAAAUGUCAGAGUUGCUUAAACCUCUUGGCCUUUAUGAACUCAGAGCAAAGACCAUCAUCAAAUUUUCAGAUGGGAAGCCAUGGCUGAGAGAGGGUGGCAUAUUAAAGGCCGCUUAGUGAAUUCAUGACUAAGACAAGAUCUGGAGACUUUCCAGCUGCCCCUGAGCUCGAACAUUAGAGGCUACGAUCCAGAGGAAUGAAAACACACAUGCCCUGCGCAUGAAACUGCAUUUCUAUUUUAUUCUUUUACUAGUAGUUUCUUUUUCCAAGGUUGUCUCUAUAUAAGCUUGGAUGUUCUUCAGAUCCUUAGAACUAACACAAAAUAUAUUUGAGAGAUUUGGCAUCAGUAUUUUUUUUAACACUGCAAUCCUAUUCAGGUUUAUAUUCUACUGUGUUAUGUGAGACUACCUCCUCAGUAAGUAGGUAUAGAUUUGGUACCUUGAAGGAACAUUUGGAGGGGGAAGAUUGGAGAACACUGUUGACUUCUCCCCUUUGAAAACCGCCCAAAUUGAAUUGCUGAACUACCCAAGCACAAAACUUCUUUUAAAGCAGUUUUGAGAUGCUACCAAAUGAGGACGUGGGGAAGCUUGGGGGGGGGGGUAUUUAAGCAUUUAUACGUUUGCUUUCUGCUGUAAAAAGGCUGCUGAUCUUAUUGACUGCCAUUUAGAUAACUGUUUAGAGAGCUACAUCUGUGACACUACAUUUUAAUGUCUUCUAUGCUGUGUCUUGCAGUUUAGAAAACAGAAACUCUAAACUUUAUCUUUUAUUUAUAGAUGCCAUUCUAAUCACUUCCGUCAGCAUCAAUGUAGCAUGCUAGUAAUACCUUGCUGUGAUUCCUUGUACAGUAUUAUCAGCCUGCCAGGUGUUCUGUACCCAACACAGUGUGUCAGUUUGCAGCAGCCCUUAAUAAACUACAGUGCCCAGAAUACUUUGAAAUAAAAAAUGUGUUUCAAGGGUGCUUUAAAGGUGUAGUGCGUACAUAGCCUAAGUCAUGUUUUCACAAAUUUUAAAGGUGAAUUUAAUGAAUCCAGUCUUGGAUCUUUUAUUGUACUUUU